AUGAGACAGGUUCCAAUCGGUCAAUUCAUCAACUACCAAACCAAGCACUUCUGGCCAUUCAUGGUCGGAGCUGUCUUCUGGGCUGGUCUCAUCACCAAGGUUCACAUGGGUAUCACUGACAAUGAUAGAAAGAACUCUGUCUACUGGCAGAAGAUUCAGAGAAUCCAGCACCCAGAGCUGUUCAAGGAUGGACACUCCCACUCUGCUCAUCACUAA